CGAGUUAGUUCACACAGUUAGUAGGUUAACAUUAAAUUUAUAUUUAGUAGUUUUAGUGACAAAAUGAAGGUGUACCUAGUGCCAUGGUUUAUAGUGGUCAUUGGUUUCAUUUGUUUUGCAAGGGCAGAAUAUACUAGUAAUAAACUAAAAACAGAAAUAGAUUUAGUUAUAAAUGGACUGGAACAUUUAGACUGGUCUGAACAAGAGAAGCCUUGUCUAGACCAAACGCUACGAGUUCUAAAUGGAGUAAAGAAUUAUACUGUUUGGGCUGUUUGGAUAUGGAAUUCCAUGCACCACCCAGCGGGUACUUUCUACGGUUCCAGAUAUAGUUUAGGCAACUACGACCAAUGUUUAAAAGCUCCUUCUAAUUUUGGUGACCCUAAAAUUGAGACACAAUACUGUCUCACUGACGUCAAGUUAACUGAUAAAGAAGAUCAGAAAUAUGGAAGUGCUAAUGAGCACGAUAGAACUGAAGAGUUUUUGAGUGUCAAAUCUCAAGUAGGCAGGAAAGCCGACACAAUAUCCUGGGGAGUCUGCCUACCAGCAGUGUGUAACCAUCAGUCUGUCUCCAAGAUCCUCAAAGUCAUAUACCUGGUGAACCCCAUCACUUCCUUGGAUCCUCAGAUCUCAGUGGAUUAUUGUGAUAAGGCUGGAGAAAAGCUAGUGUAUAGCUUAAGGUUUUAUAUAUUUAUAUUCACAAUCACCAGCCUAAUUAUCACCACGAUUGCAUCAUCACUGUACCUCGAGUACAAUAACACAGAUUCCACACUAAGAAGAAUAGCUUACUCCUUCAGUCUCAGAAGAAACUGGUCAUCAUUUGUCAAGAUCACUGAUGAUGAGAUCCCUGUCCUCAGUUUUACAAAAGCCUUAGUGUUGUCGCUCACAACUUGUAUCCACGUCUUCGUGUUUAUUGUCGCUGGCUCUAUUAGCAAUGGACAUGAUUAUGAUGAUUUAAUAAGUGUGAAAGACAAUAUUUUCGGGAACACCAUUCAGCAUUUAGAUCUACCAUCUGUGGAGAAUUUCUUCGUCAUAUCUGGAUUUCUUCUUAUGAAAGGUCUUAUGGAGAAGAAACGGAAUCCUGUCAUCACUCUAGUCCAACGAUAUAUUAGAUUAAUAGGAUCCUUCUCAGUUCUAAUAUUCUAUACUCUGGCGGUAUCAGAGUAUACUGGUGAUGGACCACUAUGGAAGAGAAUUAUUGGUAGAGAGCAGAAAGUAUGUGAAAAGUCCUGGCUCGUUGGACUUUUGAUGCUUGGUAACUACGUGGAUAGUGAUAAUAUUUGCCAACAAGUAUCCUGGUACAUACCAGCAGAUUAUCACUUGGCAGUGAUGGGCACUGCCCUUUUUUGCCUCUGGCAAUGGAACAGACAAAUUGGCAAGAUCACCACCAUCAUUGCUGUUAUUUACUCCAUGGUGAUUACUGGUAUCACCACUUAUACCAAAAGAUUGCCUGGCAUACUGUUGUAUGAUGUCGAGAAAGUCAUCCAUGUGAGGGACAAUGUCGUGUAUACUGAUACGUAUAUGAAGAGCCACCAUAGAGCUGGGUCCUAUUUCCUUGGCAUGGCUAUGGGGUACAUCAUCACUGUGUAUAGGCCUACUAAGUAUAGAGGAGUUAUUUCCAAGGAAUGUUCGUACUUAGGUCUCGCGGCAGCUUUUAUGUUGGGUCUGAAAGUACUAUCGUCGGCCCCGGCAUGGUGCCUUGGGGAAUACAACGCUUGGAGCUCGGCAAUCUAUGCGGCACUCAACAGAAACUUAUGGGCUUUGGCAACAUGUGUUUGUAUCGGAAUUACUGAGUACGGGGACGUCCAAAUCCUUCGCAAGUUCAUGUCUUGGCCCGGCUUCACAAUCUUCAGUCGUCUAGCAUACGGGGUCUAUAUAACCCAUUCACUAAUCCUUGAAAGGUUCCUGUACUCACAACGAAAUCCCAUGCAUUAUGACAUGUUUAACUUGAUACUAAUCGGAAUAGGAGUACUCGUAGUAUCGGCAGCACUCGCUGUACUGCUCUGGCUGUUUGUCGAGUCUCCUUUAAGCAACUUGGCUAAUCUCGUUCUAAUCCCUACAAAGAAAACAUCGAAUGGAAUUGAAAAUGUAAAGGAAAUCAACGGACAGAGUAAAAUUACAGAGAUGAAGACAAAAACAUUGUGAUACCAAGUCUCUGAUCUUGUUAAUGAAGCAGCUUGCUCUCUAUUUAAAUCUUGUCGACAUAUAAAUAAUGUAUGUUUUAAAUUGUAACAAAUUAUUUAGAUUUAAUUAGUUUUCUGCUGUUUUGUUGUGAUAUAAUUAGUUUAGGAAUUGAGGUGUAGUUAUUAAUAUUACCUUUUAGAAUGAAUGUUAAAUGAAUGUAUUACUAAAAAAUAAACGCCUGAAAUAAAUAUGCUAGCAACCAAUAUCUGUUGUGCAAAUUUAAUCACACAAUAUUGACAGGCGUUACUGAUAAAUAAUAAACUAUUUUUAUAUUUAAUCGAAUUUUACAUUUUAAUACACUUUAACUAUUUCAUUCCAAAAUUAAAAUUACACUAUCAUAACUUUGAUGAACCAAUCACAGUUUCCCUCUAAAAUAUUAAAACUGUUGAACAUUAAAUUGAAUAUUUAGUUCAGAAUUUAUAUCAAAAUAAGGAAGUAACGCAACAUGAUGGUAACUUUACUAAUCCCGUAGUAAAUAACGUUGUUAACAAACGAUCGAAUAACUAACCAGCUGUACAUAACACAACUGCUACUGCGGAAACUUUUAAGCCUAAACAAUCCUAAUUUGUGUGGC